AAUUGCGCAGGCGCAAAAAAAAAUUGAUUAAUUUUACAUGGUCUAGCAUGUGAAGAAAUUGCCACAACUAAUACCGAACAAGCACGUUGACAACUAUUUUGACUUCUGUGCGGCAAUAUUUGAUUUAAAUAGAACAAAUCAAUGCCGUAGACACUGCACAACUGUUGGCUGUCCAUGUCAACCGUAACGAGUCUAUAUUCAAGAGGAACAUAUGGAGACAUACGCCAGCGGCAUGGACACUGACGAUGGACACAGCAAUGCCAGUAAUGGCAAUAGCACUGGUGUCAAUGUCAGCCAAUACGACUUCAUGUUCGGCAAACAUAUGGAAACCUAUAACGUGGAGACCUCGGCGGUUCAUCGCAAGCUGCAGAGCAAAGUUGAAGCGUUGCGCAUUCUGCGCCAGGAGCUGGAACAGUUUCGCGUGGAGCGUGAUCAGUACAAAUUGAUGGCCGAGACGCUGCAGCUACGCUACUCGGCCAUGAAACGGAAUAGCGAACUGCUGGCCGGGAAUGGCAACGCCUGUGGCGCUUUGAGCCAGAAUUCCAGUCUGGCAGCGCUGCUGCACGAGACGCGCGAAUUGAAUCUGAAGCUCAACACGGAGGUGGAAGCGCUAAAACAACGACUGGGUGAGUUGCAGGGCGACAUGGAGCUGCUGCGUGAACGCGAGUCCAAUAGCAAGUCCAGGCUGCAAGCGCUGCUCACAGAAAAUGCUGCGCACAACAAGGAGGAGCUGCAAUGGAAAAGGGAACGGGCAAAUUUCAUUUGUCAUCUGGAGAAUCUAAAAAAGAAGAACGCACAAUUAGCAUUCGAUCUCAAGGCGAUUAUUGAUGAAAAGGAGGAGCUGAUGACGGAGCGCGAUGCCUACAAGUGCAAGGCGCAUAGGCUUAACCAUGAACUAUUAGUAGCACUAAAAGCCAACAAAAUGCAUCCAAAUUUGCUGGACAUUGAUGGCGUGCUGCUGGAGAACAAGUACCUGCACGAGCGCGUCAAGAUUCAGGAGAGCGAGCUGGAACUCACUAAGCAGUCGGUCAGCAAGUAUAAGUCCAUGCUGGAAGCAAAGCGCAAAAAGGGCAUUGUCAAGCUUGGCGGUAGCACGAAUGAUGAAACCAUACUAAGCCCCAGACAAGUAAAAACUAUACUGGAGAGCGGAAUUGAUCUGCCUGGCAAAACGGAAACAAUACACGAUCUGAAAUCUUUGUGCCUGGCGCUGCUGGACAACUUAAACGACAAGAAUUUGGCGCUGACGCAUCAGAAGCGAACUAACAAAAUCCUUGCGGGUAAAAUGGCGGAGCUGGAACAACGCUGGCAGCAACUCCUUAGCGGUGACUCUGAAAAUACCGCUGUGGAGGAUGAGGACGAGGAGCUGGGCUACGCGCCAUCGCAGCUACUACUUAAUGGUUACUGUGCUGCCAUGGUCGAUGAUGUGGGCCAUUGUACAGAAGCGACAGCAGCGACGGCAACUCCUUCUGCUUCUGCGCAGGAAACAAAUACUUUAUCAUCCGAGCCAUAUGAUAUGAGAUCCAGUGCCAAUGAGUGCAUUGGUGUCUUGCAGUCUGAUGACGGCAUGUCCUCGCUGUCAUCAGAGUCGGCUGACUCCUCUGUUUAUGGGAUAGAUGUACGACUGCAUGACCUGGGCAUCAAUGCAUUGAAAUCAUCCUCAGCAACGACAGAUUCGGGCAAUUGUGGUUUCGAUUGCAAUGGCACACCACGCGUAUCCAGCGCCGUGGCUAGGGAACGAACGGAGGAUCUGAAAGAUUUGCCGCCACAUUUGGCGGCAUUGGUGCAGAAGGCACUGCACGAUUUGGAUAUGCGUGACUACGAGGCGAUGGUGACAAUACGCGCCGAGAAUGCUGCAACAAUGCAGUAGUUGUAAACUUGUUGAAUGUUUGUGUAAUGCUUCCAUGCAUACCUAUUCUUGAAAGCAUAUCGUGCAUAUGCCGUUAUAUACAAUGCGAAUUAUUAAUUAUAUAUAUUUAUCUAUUGUUUACAACGUACAAUAAACACUUGUUUGCAGAGAAAAGACCAUUUA